UUGUACGUUUUGGUGAAUUCGAAUAAUUCUAAUAAAAAAAAACCUUGGCUACACAGAUUUACCGCCUUACUACAUGUGUUGAGUGGACCUGGUUGUUUUUGACGAAUUGUUUUCUAUUUCCUUUGUAGCCUACCUAGUUAAAAUCGAUUUGCACAUAUUGAAAUGGCAGUGAACUUUGGUUUAAGCAUGAAAAGAAUUUGGCAGAAAAGUUUGCCACAAAUAUUUAUUUACAAAUAUUCUGGCCUACACGUGCGCAACAUUCACAAAAGCUGUUCAUAUUUUCGAAGCAAAGAGCCCAACCAGCUGGUUGUUACAUCAUCUAUGUUUAAUGUUCCAGAAGAAGAAAGAAAUAAAGACACAUUUUUAGAAGCAGUGAAAAUCUAUACAACUAGACCUGGACCCAGGCGUGGACAUGUAGAAUUUAUUCUCUCUGCCCUUAAAUACAUGGAAGAAUUUGGUGUACAUCGUGAUCUCCAAGCAUAUAAGGACCUUUUGGAUAUUUUACCAAAAGGAAUAUACAUCCCCACAAAUAUGUUUCAGGCAGAAUUUUUCCACUAUCCCAAGCAACAGCAAUGCAUAAUUGAUGUUCUGGAACAGAUGGAAGACAAUGGUGUGUGUCCAGACGCUGAAACCGAUGCUAUGGUUCUUAACAUUUUUGGCCGCCAUGGAUUCCCGACCAAAAAACUUAUGAGAAUGAAUUAUUGGAUGCCCAAGUUUAAAAACCUUUCUCCAUGGGCACUACCAGAUAAGAUCCCCACUUCUAACCUAGAAAUAGCAAAACUUGCUGUCCAGAGAAUGGGUAGUGUCGACCCUGCCACAGAGAUGGAAAUUUUUCAAACAAAUAAAUUGAAAGACGCUAUCGAUGAUACUUGGAUUGUCAGUGGUCAGAGCGCUACACAAAGGGAACUUUUGGCAAAACUUCAAGAAAAGAAAACAGUCUUUGUUGAAGGAGCAUUCACAAUAUGGUUAAGAAGAACUAGUAUUAAUUACUUUAUUUUACGUUCUGAUCCUGAUCCCCUGUCAGAAGAAGACCAGAAGCAAAGAGCUCAGUUUGACUAUGAUGAUGUCAGUCAGCUACGCUCAUGGAUAUUAGGACAAGAAAACCUUACUCGAAAAGACAUUGUUAUUGAGCCGUCUGUUCACGAACAAGAAGACGGGACGAUUCUGGCUGUAGCUGUAACAGGCACUUGUUCGAAGGACUCGCUCCUUUCUUGGAUUCGGUUUUUAGAAAAAAAGAAUCCGAACUUAGCAAAUCUUAGCGUCUUAUUCGCAACAAACUCUCCUUUGGGUGAGAUUGUACCAGCUAUUGAAUCUAGUGUACCUGUAAAUGCAGUUAAGAAAAUAACGGAUACUUCUGACCUGUGAAUAAAAGCUUAUGUCCAGCAGA